AUGUGGAAACCGGAGGAAGCAGGCGCCGCUCGCGGAGCGGAGGCGGCGUCGCGCAGCCGCCCGGGAGGCUGCUUAGUCCCGGGAGCGCGCGGCAUCUGCAGAGCGGCUUUCCCGCGCUACGCGUUCAACGCCACUUCGGGCAGCUGCCAACUAUUCACCUGGGGUGGGUGUCAACGACAAUUCAACAAUUUUUCAACUAAAGAGGCUUGUGAAAGAAUAUGCAAUCCACCAGCACGUGAAGAUCCUUCUCCAGUCUCUGAAGAUAUCGGCUUAUUUUUUUGACAUUAUUCGAUCAUUAAGAACUUCUUGUAUUUUUCUGAAGUAUGAAAUAAAAAUUAAGAUUUCAGUUUAUCGUAAA